AUGGAGGGCGAGAUACAGCGGCUGCGGCUCGAGAACGAGGCGAUGCGCCACGAGUCGCUGGCGGGCCGCCGGGCCGGCGCGCGCCGCCCGGACCCGCAGGGCGCCCUGUCGCCGACGCCGCCCGUGCCGCCGCCGGCGAAGUCGCCCUUCAAGUCGCCGCCCUUCGCGUCGCCGGAGGCGCGCUCGGCCGAGAAGCCGCGGCGCGAGGCGUCGAGCCCCGUCGUCGAGGAGCUCGCGUCGCUGCGGCGGCGCAACGCGGAGCUCCAGCGCGAGCUCCAGAAGAGCGAGCGCGCCUGGCAGACGCCGACGGCGACGAGCCGCCGGCCGUCGCUGUCGACGCUCGGCGCGUCGCCCGUAUGGGUCGGCGGCGAGCCGCGGGCGUCGCCGGAGAACUCGGCGGCGCCGCGCGUGCCCUUCUUCGCGCCCGUGAACCCGGGCCCCUUCCGGUCCGGGCGGUCGACGUCCUCGGGCGCCAGGGACUCGCUGGGCCUGCUCGCGGCCGCGCUCGACGUCUUCCCCCCGCGCUUGCGCCAGGGCGGCUUCCUCUGGAAGGUGCCCUUCUCGUCGAGCGGCGUCAUGCCCCAGAAGCGCUGGUUCCGCGUCGCCCUGCGCCGCGGCGGCGCCGGGCGGCCCGACGAGGUCGUGCUCACGUGGUGCACGAGCCGCGCGACGACGGCGUCGGAGUCCGUGUCCGCGCAGGGCGACCGGUCCCUGAGCCUCGAGGACGUGCUCGAGCUGCGCGGCGGCCACCAGACGCCGGCCUGGUGGGUCCAGGCGGCGGCGAAGCGCACGCUGCCCGUCGCCGACCUCUGCUGGUCCCUCGUGUCCAAGGACCGGACGCUCGACGUCGCGGCCGAGGACGACCGCGACGCCAGGGCCUGGAAGCGGGGCCUGCGCGCCGUCGUCGCCAUGCUCCAGCGCGAGCGGGCCCUGCGCUUCUCCGAGGACUCGGAGCAGCCCCAGGUCGACGACGACCUGAGCGUGCGGUCCGUCGCGCUCGCGUCCUCGCGGUCGGGCGACUCGCGCGACUCGACGCCGUCGUCGACGCGGUCGUCGCGGUCCGGCGGGCCGGCGUCGUCGCGGUCCGGCGGCUCGCGGGGGCGGCGCACGCGCCACUUCGACGCCGACAUCCCCGAGGAGGCGGAGAAGAGCCCGCGCGCGACGUUGGUCGACGCGCUCCGCCGCGGCGACGCCCUGGCCGCGCGCGCGGCGCUCGCGGGCAUGAUGGCGUCCGGCGCCGACGCCGUCGCGGCGAACGCGCUCGCCCAGUGCGAGGACCGCUCGGGCCGCACGGAGGCGCCGCUCCACGUCGCCGCGCGCCUCGGGCGCGUCGACCUCGCGGAGCUCCUGUUGGAGCACCACGCGGACGCGCGCGUCCGCGACAACGCGGGCAAGACGCCGGCCCACGUGCUCCUGGAGACGCGGGGCGACGGCGGCCGCGACGUCCUCGCGGUCCUCCUCGACGCCGCGGGCGACGACGUUUUGGAGGCGCGCGACGACGGCGGCGACGUCGUGUUGCACGUCGCCGCGCGCGUCGGCGCGCUCCGCUGCGCGCGGCUCCUGCUCCAGACGGCCUGCGACCCCUCGCCGAAGAACCACGACGGCCUCACGCCGGGCGACGUCGCGCGCUCGAAGCGCGACGCGGCCAUCGCGAACUUGAUCGACGAGUACGGCUUCGACGGCGAACCGACGGAUUUCUCGGCCGCGGACGACGCGCCCGCGCCGCCCCUCGAGCUCUUCGCGACGGCCGAGGGCGACGAGUGGCAGAAAUUGUUCUGCCACGACAACCAGCACCCCUACUACGAGCACAUCGCGUCCGGGCACACGCAGUGGGAGGACCCGCGCGCGGACGACGGCGACGGCGACGGCGCCGCGCUCCCGCUGCUCCUCGGCGCGGAGGCGCCGGAGACGGAGGAGCCCGAGGAGGACCCGCCGACGUCGAACCGGAGCGCCGACGCGAGCCCGCUCCCGGCGCUCGACGCGCCGGACCCGCCCCCGAGCCCGCUCCCGGCGCUCGCGGCGCCCAAGCCGGCGAAGCGCCUCGACGGCGCGCCGGCCCGCAAGCCCCUCAUGCCCAUCACGAACGCGUGA